AUGUCCUCCAACGAACUAGAUCACAGUGUGUUUGAAGCCAUGAUUAACGGCGAGCCGUACUGGGCUGGUGAUCCCUACGUUCAAAAAAUAGCAACCGAGCAAAGCAAAAAAGUCAAAGAGCUCAACGUCGAACAGGAUGAUAAGAAGAGAGAAGUAUUGCUUAGGAACUUGCUGAGAUGCAAGGACGAUGCUUAUGUAGCAAUCGGAUUCAAUAUUACUAUUGAAGGCGAUGUCUUUAUCGGGACAGGAUGUACAAUGCUGGAUGUUUGCCCAAUUACGAUUGGCGAGCGCACACUCAUUGGUCCCAAUGUUCAAAUUUACACCCCUGUCCACCCACUUGGACCAGAAGAGCGAAACGGACUAAGAGGGAAAGAACGGGCUAAACCGAUAAAGAUAGGAAAAGAUUGCUGGAUAGGAGGUGCGGUGAUUAUUCUUCCUGGGAUAACAAUCGGCGAUGGGUCCACAGUGGGCGCUGGGAGUGUCGUUACGAGGGACGUGGAGCCAAGGUCUCUUGUCGCAGGAAACACGGCGAAACUGAUCAAGAGAAUUGAUUGA